GGCAGCAGCAUCCUGAAGGAGACAGGCCUGGCUCAGCAGCUAGAGGGUGCUGAGGCCGGCCUCCCGAGGGGGCUGCCUUUGCUGAGAGGGCCCCCCAGGUGGCCCCCCCUACAGAUCACGGGCCUUCAACCUGGGGGCCUGAGAGCACCUACCUGGAAGAGUGAAUUUCAGGUGAAGGGGAUCGAAUUCGCUAGGUGGAGGCAGCCCUUUGGGUCCCCCUGGAGGUAGAAAGGGGGGCUCAGGUGUGAACCCCCUGGGGAGGGCAGGACUGGCCUGGCGGGCUCCUUCCUGAGCACCUGUGUCCGAGGCGUGCACAGGGCAGGGCUUGCUGUGGAUUAUGGGGACCGUGUUCUGUGGGCCCCUGUGCCUGGACAAGUCAUUGUUAGCGUUUCAGAGGCUGCUCUGGUAUCAGAACCCAAGGUGUGUUUGUUCAGAAACCUCUGCCCUCCCCGCCAGGAGUGGCUGGGGGAGAGGGUUCUUAUCUCCAGUUCCACUGGGUUAAAUCUCCCGAGUUCCUUUAUGCCGCUCAGUUCCCCCAUGGGGUGCGUGACCGCAUGCCCGCCGUCCAGGGACACCCCCAGGGGUCUUCUGGGAGAUGGGUGGACCCUAGUCAGCGGCAUCUCAUCCUGAGCGCAUCCUGACUCUGCGCGGUCUGGCCUUGGUGGGCUGUCAUUGGCGGUUUCAGGCACGGGGCCGGCUGUGGAGGCAGCGGGCCGGGGUUGGUUCCCCGGGCCUGUGCGGUGGCUUCUGGUGCCGCCUGAGGACAGCUGUGUGCGUUUCAGUCUUUUCAGUAAAAAGCUUUGAGUCUCUUGGUUUUAUAUAAUCAUAGUGAUUAUGGAUAAUUAUAGGAAAAAAGGCCACUCUUAGCCAAGUGAUAACUCUUAAUGCGCCUCUGAUUCUUUUUUCUGAGUAAGAAGAAAUUUUACUGCCGGGUGAAGUCUGGCAGAAUCAUCUGUUGCUCUCCUGAAAUGUGACCUAGGCUGGAACAGAAGGGCGCGUGUGGGGGAUCUGGGAGAGCCUUCUCUGGGCUUGUUGCUGGCUGAAGGUGAAGCCGGGAAGGAAGGGCAGCUCUCCCACGUGCAGUGCGCUACUUUGUGGCCAUUCGCCGCUUCUCCGGACUCCCACGUGGAAGGCCUCCUGCGCCAGUCUGUGUUGCGUCCUGGAGCAGGGUUGGUGAGACCGUGGUGGAGCCACCUUCAUGAGCUCCCUCUUUGCCCCACAGGUUCUGACACCCCUGCUGGACCACACGCCUGCAGUUGUGAGGUUUAACAGACCAAACCAGGGGUGCCCGUGAACUGGGGGGCCCGCCCAGCGCCGACCUCGUCUGGCUCAGGAGCUGAGCCCAUGCUGCACAGCAGGCGGCCAGGCCCAGACGUCCCAGCCGCACGCCAUGCCCAUCGUGGAUAAGCUGAAGGAAGCCCUGAAGUCUGGGCGCAGGGACACGGCCGAGGAUGGAGAGCUGGGCAGGCUUCUGGCUGCGUCCGCCAAGAAGGUCCUCUUGCAGAAGAUUGAGUUCGAGCCCGCCAGCAAGAGCUUCUCCUACCAGCUGGAGUCGCUGAAGAGCAAAUAUGUGCUGCUGAACCCCAAAGCAGAGGCAGCCAGUCGCCACCGGGGCGGAGACGAGGCACCAGCCAGGAGACAGGGCAGCGAGCAUGCACACGAGGGCGGCGACGGCGUCCCCGCCCCGCAGAAAGUGCUCUUCCCCGGGGAGCGGCUGUCGCUGAAGUGGGAGCGUGUCUACCGCGUGGGCGCCGGGCUGCACAACCUGGGGAACACCUGCUUCCUGAAUGCCACCAUCCAGUGCUUGACCUACACGCCACCUCUAGCCAACUACCUGCUCUCCAAGGAGCACGCGCGGACCUGUGACGGCCGCCUCCUGUCUGCAGGCCACCAGGGGAGCUUCUGCAUGCUGUGCGUCAUGCAGAACCACAUGGUGCAGGCCUUUGCCAACAGCGGCAACGCCAUCAAGCCCGUCUCCUUCAUCCGAGACCUGAAAAAGAUUGCCCGGCACUUCCGCUUUGGGAACCAGGAGGAUGCCCACGAGUUCCUGCGAUACACCAUCGACGCCAUGCAGAAGGCCUGCCUCAGUGGCUGUGCCAAGCUGGAUCGACAGACACAGGCCACUACUUUGGUCCAUCAGAUCUUUGGCGGCUACCUCAGGUCUCGGGUGAAGUGCUCCGUGUGCAGAAGCGUCUCCGACACCUACGACCCCUACUUGGACGUGGCGCUGGAGAUCCGGCAAGCUGCGAACAUCGUGCGUGCGCUGGAGCUGUUUGUGAAGCCCGACGUCCUGAGUGGAGAGAACGCCUACAUGUGUGCCAAGUGCAAGGAGAAAGUGCCCGCCAGCAAGCGCUUCACCAUCCACAGAGCAUCCGGCGUACUAACCCUCUCCCUCAAGCGCUUCGCCAACUUCAGCGGGGGGAAGAUCACCAAGGACGUGGGCUAUCCGGAGUUCCUGAACAUCCGGCCGUACAUGUCACAGAGCAGCGGCGACCCAGUGAUGUACGGGCUGUACGCCGUCCUGGUCCACUCGGGCUACAGCUGCCACGCGGGGCACUACUACUGCUACGUGAAGGCCAGCAACGGACAGUGGUACCAGAUGAACGAUUCCCUGGUCCAUUCCAGCAACGUCAAGGUGGUCCUGAACCAGCAGGCCUACGUGCUCUUCUAUCUGCGAAUUCCAAGCUCUAAGAAGAGUCCCGAGGGCUGCAUCUCCCGGUCAGUCUCCUCUCUGGCCAGCCACCACGGCCUGGCUGCUGACCGCUCCAGGAAGAACACCAGCCACACGGCUGUCUCUUCCCCACUCCCUGGAAAGCGACCAGAUCCUGUGACCGUGAAGAAGCUACAGGCCACCCAUGAGGUCGGGGUACCUGUUGCCAGGAACGGCUCCAUGGUGGGCCUGAAGUCGCAGAAUGGUUACGUUUCUCCAAAGUCCUCCUCGGGAUCCCCGUCCCCCAGACUCUCCAGAACACCCCCGCACGCCCCAGCCAUCCUGGAUGGGCCCGGAAAGGUGGUCAAGAAGACACCCCCCCUGCAGCAUGCCUCCCCGCCCCCCAAGCCGACUCAGGGGCUGCACUGCAGCAGCGGCCGGCCCGAGAGCCGGAGGCAGGGCUCCUGGGACAGGGCCUCCGCCCCCUCUACCUCACUCAAGCUGCCCGCCGCAGGGACUGCCAAUGGGCACGGGCCCCGGGCGGACCACGGGGCCACUGGCCUCGAGAGGAGGGGCUCCAGCGGCUCCAGCUCAGAGCACUCCGCCAGCAGUGACUCGGCCCGGGCCCCCGGGAGCGGCGGCCACUUCUGCGACUCUCAGGGGACCGCCUCCAAAGCCACGCCGGCCGGGGAGGACGCCAAGGGGGGCAAGCCCAAGUGCCCCGUGCUGGGCAGCACCGCCACCGAGCCCGCCAGCCUCAUGUCUCCUCCACCAGCCAAAAAACUGGCCCUUUCAGCCAAGAAGGCCAGCACUCUGCGGAGGGCAACCGGCAGUGACCCCCGGCCGCCUCCCCUCUCUCCGCUCUCCGACCUCACCCACCCCAGGAAAGCCGCGCACCCCGCCGUCGCCUCUGCCCGGCCUGUCGGCUCCAUCAGGCCUGUUACACCUGCUCCCACACCCUUCAGCCAUCCGAAGCCCCCCCUCGGCCCCCGCUCCGUGUCACUGCCCACCGGCCCCCAGCCCCUAGAGAUGUCAGACCCACAGAGCUGCCGCUCCGCCUCUGCUCCCCUGCCUCAGGUAAACGGGGGCUUCAGGCCCCCUCCACACCAGCUGCAAGAGGCCCGCCAGCACCCCCAGAGCCUGUGUAAGAAGAGGAAGAAGAGCCACUCGGGGGAGGCCCCGGGGCCGGGCCAGGAGCCGCAGGAAGCAGCCACAGCCCCUGCUGGGAAGAGGAGAAGGAAGAAGAGGAAACGCACAGAGGAUGCGGGUGCCCCCCCGCCGCACGGAGGGCUGGAGCGCAGCACCCCUGGGAGCCCCGGGUGUGGGAAGGACGGCCGGGCAGAGCUGCCGGCGGACAGACCGGAGGAUGAGGGUGGACAGCAGCCGGUGAACGGCCAGCCCCUGGUGAACGGCCGGCGAGUGGGAUGCCUGAGGGACGACCCCCCCGCACGCGGCGAGAGGCAGCGGAAGGACGGAGAGGGCCUCCAAGGCUGCCUGCACCCGGGCCCUCCCCAGCGCAGGAGCUGCUCUCCCUCAGACGCCGUCCGGCCAGAGACUGUCACGCCACCGCCGAGGAAGAAGAAAAAGAAAAAAAGAAAGGCAGAGUCACAGCAAGAAGCAGAAGCAGAGGAACCCCCAGAAGGCUGUCAGGAUGCGCGGCCCCGAGGCUGGGGUGUCCUGGAGCCCCAUGGCGCUGCUCCCGCGGUGAACGGCUGGCGUCCAGUGGGCCACACAGGGCUGGGGCGGGGCGCCCCCCGGGACAGAGAGCAGGAGCCCGACGUGGUCCAGGAGCUGCUCCGACAUUCGUCUGACACAGCUUUCGGGGGAAAAGUGCUGACGUGGGAUGGCGGGCCCUCGGCGGUCAGUCAGGACGCCGUCCAGGACAGCAGGCUGGCCCGCGCCGCCGCGGUCAUCGAUGACUGGGAUGUAGAGUUUGAUCGGGGGAAGGAAAAGAAAAUGAAAAAGUUCAAGAGAGAAAAGAAAAGAAACUUCAACGCCUUCCAGAAACUUCAGAGUAGACGGAACUUCUGGUCUGUGACUCACCCGGCAAAGGUUACCAGCCUCAGCUACCGCCGCUGAGGUCACUGCUGUCGAGAUCGCCUCCCGGACACGCGGCGGCCCUUCCCAGGAAAUGUCGUCUGGACUGCGGGGACGCGAGUGGGUUUUUUGGCCCUGCCGCCGCCAGGCCCGGAUUCUGGCGUGGCUUGGUGGUUGCAGCCGGCGGCGGCGCCCCAUGGGAUGGGGCUGGCUCUCCUCUGAGCCCGGACAGCAGCACAUGGUCCGGGACAGCGGUCAGCCGCAGCGCGUCCUCGCGCGCCUCAGGGUGGCAAGUGUGUGGUCGGUUGCUCUUCCUGACAAGGCACUCGUCGCCUGUGCCUGGCCGGCUCUUCCUCCCUCCUGGUCCUGGGCCGCGCUGUCUGCACCUCACCUGUCCAUCCUCAGGCAGCAAGUGCCCCAGCUGGGCCCACACUGCCUCCUCCCCUUUUCUGGAAUCGGGGUGCCCUGCUGGUGCUUCUGUCCCUCGCAGAAGCACCCGCCCACGCCGAGAGCGGCUCUGCUGGACCUUCCCAGCGCCUACGAGCGCAUGGGCCCUGCACGUUGGUCCGGGGGACGCCGUCUUUCCUGUGACUAACCCGCCUCAAGCUGACUCUGGACCUGGCCUGCGGCUUCCUUUCCCCGACAUGCAAAAUACUGGCUUUGUGGCCUCAGUUUUGUGAGUGCUUUGAAUUUAGAUUGUGCGACUCAAGAAGGUCCCUUUUCUGUCUUGCUCAAGCUGUGCCUGCGAACUUGUGAUUUGACAAAGACGGGAAUCCUCACGGAGGUGGUGAUUCCAGAAGGAAGACACGUGAGCCCGGGUGGGAGGCCCAGAGCCGCUCCCCUGUGGCCGGUCCUUCCUGGUCCUUCCUGGCCGCGCCGCGUCCUCUCCCGGGGCCUCGGCCGCUGGCUCUGCUUCUCACCCUCGACCCACCGAGCCUGGCCGCCGCCCCGCUGCCUGCACCGGCCUGGGCGCCGCGUCUUCGGCGUGGGGAGACGCGUGAUGUCGCACACGCGCGGUUCCUUUGGUUUUUCCUCCUGUUUCUAUUUCGCCCUUUGGAGCCGGAGAGCGGCGGCACCGGCGCUGCUGCUGGGCGGGCGGGAG